AUGAAUUCUGAUCAAAGAAAAUUACUUUGCGUUGUUGUUGUGGGGGUGGUAAUUUGUGGGUUUUUGGGAUCUGUCAGUGGUGUCACAAACCAAAAUGACUUCAAUAUUUUGAAUGAUUUUAGAAAUGGAUUGGAAAAUCCAGAGCUCUUGAAAUGGCCUGCCAAGGGGAAUGACCCCUGUGGCCCUCCUGCAUGGCCUCACGUGUUUUGUUCGAAUGACAGAGUCACGCAGAUUCAGGUACAGGGCCUCGAGUUAGAGGGACCUUUGCCACAGAAUUUGAAUCAGUUGGAUGAACUACAGAAUCUUGGGCUUCAAAACAACCAUUUCAAUGGAAAAUUACCAAGUUUUAGUGGAUUGUCGAAUUUGCAAUUUGCUUACUUGGAUAAUAAUGAUUUUGAUAUGAUUCCUGCCGAUUUUUUUGAUGGACUUAGUAGUGUUCGCGUUUUGGCUUUGGAUAGUAACCCCUUUAACGAGAGUACUGGAUGGCCUAUACCUGGUGAGCUAGCAGAGUCUUCACAGUUGGUGAAUUUUUCUUGCUCGAAAUGCAAUUUAGUUGGACCACUACCUGAUUUUUUUGGAAAGUUGCCAUCUCUUACUUCAUUGAAAUUGGCGUAUAAUGGGUUGACUGGUGAUAUACCCUCGACUUUUCAUGACUCAAUGUUGCUGGUUUUGUGGUUGAAUGAUCAAAAUGGAGGAGGGAUGACCGGUUCCAUUGAUGUAAUUGGAACUAUGGUUUGGCUGACUCAAGCAUGGUUACAUGGAAAUCAAUUCACAGGAUCAAUUCCGGAUGAUAUUGGGGACUUAACUUCCUUAAGAGAUCUCAAUCUCAAUGGAAAUCAGUUCGUUGGGCUAAUUCCCCCGAGCCUGGCCAAUAUGAAUCUUCAAGCCUUGGAUUUGAACAAUAACAUGUUCAUGGGUCCAAUACCAAAGUUUAAAGCAGUAAGUGUUAGUUAUGCUUCCAAUUCAUUCUGUCAAUCUGAUCCCGGAGAACGAUGUGCUCCUGAAGUCAAUGCACUUUUAGAGUUUCUUCAUGAUUUGAGUUUUCCCCAAAAACUUGCUUCUGAAUGGGUCGGUAAUGAUCCGUGUCAAGGACCUUGGUGGGGGAUCACUUGUAAUCUAAAGCACCAAGUUUCAGUCAUAAAUUUGCCAAAGCUCGGGCUUAAUGGUACACUCAGUCCUUCACUCGUGAACUUACCUUCAUUACUCAGAAUCUGCAUGGGAGGAAAUAAUCUACACGGAACAGUUCCUGCAAAUUUGACUCUGUUGAGAUCAUUGAGAUUGUUGGAUUUAAGUGGAAACAAUUUUGAUCCGCCAUUGCCUAGAUUUCAUAAUGGUGUGAGGCUAAUCACUGAUGGUAAUCCAAAAAUGGUUGCUAAUCGAUCCAAGGGAUCGCCUUCACAAACUGAUGGCCGAGCACUGUCCCCUUCUCCAAUUAACAGUCCUUCGCCAAGUAUGAAUUCACCUUACAUCUGUCCAUCAUCUGAUGGUGAUCAGCCACCCUUAUUGGAUUCUCCGCCUUCACCUUCUGGAGGUUAUACUUUGGAAAAACCCGAGAACUCCAAAAAGCCCAAACUAGUGGUUAUUGUGGGUUCUGCUUCAGGUAUCUUUCUUGGAGUUCUUUUGGCUAUUUACUGCCUUAGCAAAAGAAGAGAGACAAAAAAGGCACCUGGUGGUGGUGUUAUCCAUCAUAAGGUUUCAUCUGAUCCUAGAAAAAUGGUGGAGAUUGCCGUAGCAGAUAAUUCUGCCUUGGAGACUAAAAAUACUACCAGCACUGAGAGUAAAACUAGUGAUUGGUUGGAAAAAGACGCUUGUUUCAUCGAGGCAGGACACCUGGUCAUUUCAGUCCAGGCACUUCGCAAGGUGACCAAUAAUUUUGCACAAGAAAAUGAGCUUGGACGUGGAGACUUUGGAUUGGUGAAAUUGGCUCCCGACCGAGAGAGGUCUGUUGCAACCAGGUUGGCUGGAACUUUUGGAUAUCUUGCACCUGAAUAUGCUGUGACUGGGAAAAUUACUACAAAGGUUGAUGUAUUCAGCUUUGGAGUAGUAUUGAUGGAGAUCUUGACAGGAUUGGUGGCACUUGAUGAACAACGCCCCGAAGAACAGAGAUACUUGGCCGAGUGGUUUUGGCAGAUAAAAUCUAACAAAGAGACACUUAUUUCUUCUAUCGAUCCUGCACUUGAUGCAAAAGAAGAUAUAUAUGAAAGCAUUUACAUUAUUGCUGAACUGGCUGGACAUUGCACCGCACGAGAGCAAAAUCAUCGCCCUGAUAUGGGACAUGCUGUGAACAUUCUCGCCCAACUGGUCGAGAAAUGGAAACCAGUCGAAGAAGCAGAUAAGUGUUCGGGAAUUGAUAUCACGCUGCCUCUUCCUCAAAUGUUGAAGGGUUGGCAAGAAGGAGUUUCACAAGAUCUGUAUGGUGCUAGUCAAGACAGCAAAGGGAGUAUCCCGGCUAAGCCAUCGGGAUUUGCAGAUUCGUUCACUUCGGCUGAUGCUCGUUGA